GGCCCCGUCAGGGAAAGAGAUGGGAGGAGGAGGAGAGGAGAGAGGAAGGGAAGGAGGGAGAGAACAAACUCUGAGUCUGCGUUAGAGGAGGAGCCUCGCAUGGACGUGUCUCGCCUCGACCUGCGGAUUGGUCGGAUCGUUGGCGUCCGCUACCACCCAUUGGCCGGGGCUCUGUAUGUCCAGGAAGUGGAUCUGGGAGAGCCCGCCCCCCGCACGGUGGUCAGCGCGCUACGACACAUACCUAAGGAACAGCUUCAGGGUCGUCUGGCGGUGUUGCUGUGCAAUGUGCGUCCCUGUCGGGUGAAAGGCGUGGUCUCCACGGCGAUGGUUCUCUGUGGCUCCGCCCCUAAUGCCCAUGAUAACGAUAACGAUGAUGACGCCCAGGUGGAGUUUCUGGAGCCGCCCACUAACGCUGUACCUGGGGACAGGGUCACUUUCUACGAUUAUCCUGGGGAGCCAGACCGGGAGCUGAGCCCCAGAGAGAAGGUGUGGGAGCAGAUCCUUCCUGAUCUGCAGACGGACUCCAGGGGCGUGGCCACCUACAGGGGGGUGGGGUUUGAGGUGAGGGGGAAAGGCCUCUGUAGAGCCCCAACCCUCACCAACAGCAGUAUCAAAUAAACACACACACACACACACACACACACAGACACACACACACACACACACACACACACACACACACACACACACACACACACACACACACACACACACACACAGACACACACACA